AGUCCGUCUCCCUCGCUGCUCUGCGCUGGAAUCUCCUCUUCUCCGUCUUUUUUUAUGAGGACUUUCACACUUGAUCUAAGUCUUUCUACCUUCAUCCCAAUGACUGUGCGGAAAGGAAAAACUCUAGCCAUCACCAUCCAGGAGCACAUGGCCAUCGACGUCUGUCCGGGGCCGAUCCGGCCCAUCCGCCAAAUAUCGGCCUACUUCCCCCGUCUCUCGCCCACUUCCUCCUUCUCGGAGCCACUGUCUCCCAAUCAGACAGGAGCUGCUUCCGCCCUCAGUCCCAGUAGUGCAGGUCAAGUUGGAGCUGGAGGAGGGAGUGGCGGCCUGCUGUCACCGUUGUUAGCGGCAGGAGGCUGUGGCGGGGGCGGAGGCUCACUCUCUGCUAUGAGCAGCAUUGACACCUCCAUCGAGGUCGACAGCUGUGACAGCGACGAUAACACCUCUUUGGGGACAUUGGAGUUUGACCUGCUGUAUGACAGAGCCACAAGCUCCUUGCACUGCACUGUCCUCAAGGCCAAGGGACUGAAACCCAUGGAUUUCAACGGCUUGGCUGAUCCCUACGUAAAGCUGCACCUUCUGCCCGGAGCUUGCAAGGCCAACAAACUGAAAACCAAGACUGUGCGCAACACCCUAAACCCUGUUUGGAAUGAAACGCUUACAUACUGCGGCAUCACCGAGGAAGACAUGUAUCGAAAAACUCUAAGGGUGUCCGUGUGUGACGAAGACAAGCUGACCCAUAACGAGUUCAUCGGAGAGUCGCGGAUUGCGCUGCGUCGCGUCAAGCCCGACCAGACCAAGCACUUUAACAUCUGUCUGGAGCAUCCACCUCCUCUGCCCUCACCCACGGCAAUGAGCACGGCCCUAAGAGGAAUCUCCUGCUACUUGAGAGAGUGGGAGGCAGAGCAACAGAGAAGUCUGGAGGAGAGAGGCCGCCUGCUGCUAUGCCUGCAGUACCUGCCCCCGGCUGACGAGGAUGACGCUGAUGGUAAAGGCGAGGCCAAGGAGAAGAACAGCGGCGGCUUGUGCGUUGGCGUCAAACGCUGUGCACACCUGGCUGCCAUGGACGUCAACGGCUUCUCCGACCCCUAUGUUAAAACGUACCUCAAGCCAGAUGUUCAAAAGAAAUCCAAGCACAAAACUGCUGUUAUCAAAAAGACCCUCAACCCAGAGUUUAAUGAGGAGUUCUUCUAUGAAAUCUCCUUCUCAGAGCUUGCCACCAAGACGUUAGAGGUCACCGUUUGGGAUUACGACCUCGGCAAGUCAAACGACUUUAUCGGGGGCGUCUCCUUAGGGUGCCACUCGCAGGGGGAGACCCUGCAGCACUGGAUAGACUGUCUGAAAAACAAGGGCAAGAAAGUGGAGCGCUGGCACACGUUGACCAAUGAGCUGCCCGGCUCUACCUUGCAGGAAUGAAGCGCAUCUCUCAGAACUGAUACCCUGCUGUGACAACACGUCUGAAGAGGGCGGAAGAUGAACGAAUCGGAUCGUCCCAUUCCCGUUUGGAGGAUUUUUUGCAUGACUGUCAAAGGCAAACAGCUGCCUGAUGUUGUGUCAUAAAGCAAAACAUGUCAACACAUUGAAAGACAAUGGGUUGAAUCACACAUCAAAACACUUGCCUGCACAAAGCUGCUUUUUAAUCCAUCCAUCCAUCCAUCUUCUUCCGCUUAUCUGAAGGUCGGGUCGCGGGGGCAGCAGCCUAAGCAGGGAAGCCCAGACUUUCCUCUCCCCAGCCACUUGGUCCAGCUCUUCCCAGGGGAUCCCGAGGCGUUCUCAGGCCACCCGGGAGACAUAGUCUUCCCAACGUGUCAUGGAUCUUCCCCGUGGCCUCCUACCGGUCGGACGUGCCCUAAACACCUCCCUAGGGAGGCGUUCGGGUGGCAUCCUGACCAGAUGCCCAAACCACUUCAUCUGGCUCCUCUCGAUGUGGAGGAGCAGCGGCUUUACUUUGAGCUCCCCCCGGAUGGCAGAGCUUCUCACCCUGUCACUAAAGGAGAGCCCUGCCACCCGGCGGAGGAAACUCAUUUCGGCCACUUGUACCCGUGAUCUUGUCCUUUCGGUCAUAACCCAAAGCUCAUGACCAUAGAUGAGGAUGGGAACGUAGAUCGACCGGUAAAUUGAGAGCUUCGCCUCCCGGCUCAGCACCUUUUUCACCACAAAAGAUCGAUACAGCGUCCGCAUUACUGAAGACGCCGCACCGAUCCACCUGUCGAUCUCACGAUCCACUCUUCCCUCACUUGUGAACAAGACUCAGAGGUACUUGAAUUCCUCCACUUGGGGCAGGGUCUCCUCCCCCCUUUUCCUGGCGAGAACCAUGGACUCGGACUUGGAGGUGCUGAUUCCCAUCCCAGUCGCUUCACACUCGGCUGCUGUUUAAUUACCCUUUUAUUUGGGACGCUUGGCGAUUUUUUGUGGAUUUUAGUGUCAACUGAAAAAUCUGUUUACAGGUACUGUUAGGCUACAAACGGGUGGAAUACUUAGCUGAGGAACUUUGGAAAUAGUCAAUUGGGAAAGGUUAGGACAUUUUCAAUAACAGCAUUUUUACAAACAACACAAAGCAUUUAGGUAAGAUUUACUUUGAUUAAGGGCAUUUACACAUGCAAAAGUACAUUACAAUGAUCUUAUUUUAGUGUCAUGCAAAGACAAACAUGCUGGCUAGCAUUGUGAUGUAUUUGUAAUAUUUUUUUUUUGUUUGGCAUAAGAGUAUAUUUGUUUUCUCUGAUUAUUCUUAGAUAAGAUAACACUUUAAAUAUUAUUUAGAUUCUUUUCAUUUAGAUUUAUUUUCUGCUCAAGUAUUUUUGGUGCACAUUAACUAAAUUUCAUUUUACAUUUUCAAUUUCAAACAAAGAAGAACACGAGGAAAAAUUAUAAUGUAUUCUUGUUUAUUCCCAUGUAUUAAGUUCUCAACUAUUCCAGAACAUUCCAGCAUUUUGCAACCCAUAUUUUCAAGGUUUCUCUUUACUGGACACAUUUCAAAACUGUUAUUGGUUUACAGAACAACACAAAUAUUACAAAAUGGUUCUAAAAGUGUAACAUUUUGCCGAUUAACAUAUUUUGUAAAAACGGAGUACUUGCUAAUGUAUGCUUAAUUUAUCACAACCAAAACAAAAAUGGCGGAAGCAAUAAUUCCCCAUUUUAAUGGUGGGCGGGGAGGUGUACAGGAUUAGAUGAUACUACUGUACUUAAGAGAAUGUUACAUUUUAAACACGACCAAAACAACAAUGUACAGGGAACAUUAAUAAGAGUAUAUAUGAAUUACUUACAAACUUGCUCCUUUUUAAGAUGGUGAAGGUUAUUCUUCAAAAGGUAGUUUUGAACCGCGUGAGAGACAAGAGUUGGUGCGCAUGCGGGUUGAACUACAUUAGAAGGUGACAUCGCCAUCUAUUGGCACGGCGUGCACAUUGCAGCCUUUCCAGAAUAAACCUCUGGGCAUUUUCUUUCCAUCCAUCCAUUUCUACCGCUUGUCCCUCUCGUUUCCAUUUCAUGUAAACAUACUCAAACUCAUUUGAUUUAAGUGAAAAUCAUGCAACAAAUAAUUGUAUUCAUUUAAUGAUCAUUCUAUUUGACCUUUCAUUAUUUAAAAAAAAAGAAGAAAAAAAAAAGCUUUUGCUGCUAUAAUGCUUCCCAGGAUCUUCAAGUGGACAUUUUUGCAUCUUUUAUUCUGUGAAUUUUUCCUUGCAAACAGCAAAACCCAAUGAGAGAAUCAGUUCUUCCAUGUUAACGGCUUCUUUGUCAAAUGUUAUGCAUGCUUGGUGUCGCUGGAGCUGACUUAAUGUACAAAAACGUGCUGCAGGAUGACCUGUUCCUAGUGGUGUUGUUCCCAAUUGCACUGAGAUGUAAUUCUCUUUUUAUCUGCCGAAUGAUGGUGUGGGUUGUGGAUGUUCAAAUUAUUAUUUUAAUUCAUUUUUAUUAACAGAGCACAUACUUUAUUGAUGGAUGGCAUUACUGAACUAUGAACUUGAAGAGGCAUGCUGACAAAAUAUAUGUCACUAUAUAUAUUGUGGGGGGUUUUCUUGCUUUUUGGUUGUUUGUCUUCUAUAAAUGAGCAUGAUUUAUGUUUUUUUUCUCAUAAAAUGUUCAUAUUGAUUUCCA